AUGAUGAUUAAAUUAAUUCAAAAAGAAGGUUAUAUUGAUGAAAUUAAUACAAGAGAAAUUCUUAAUCAAUAUCAAACAAAUAUUGAAAAUGAAAAAUUUAAUAUUAUUUAUAAACAUAUUCUACGUCAUGGUUUUCUUACUAUUGAACAAAUAAUACAAUCAACUAAAUAUCUUAAUGAAGAUAUACUUAAAAAUCAAUCAAGUGAAUAUAAAACUAUCAUUCAAGAACAAUUUUUAAUUAAUAUACUUGAUCGUAAACAAUUAACUAAUAUACAAUUUGAAUUAGCAGCACUUAGUCAAAAUAUGUGUCGAUGUCAAGUUAUUCAAACAAAUAUAUUAAGUGGUUGGAAAAAUGAUAUUUAUCUUGAAUUUAAACGUGAACUUAAUAUAAUUGAUUCUGAUAAUUCAUUAGAUUCUAUACGACAUAUAACAUAUAAUAUAUUAUUAUUAAUUAAAGAAAAUGAUUCAAUUACUAAAAAACCAUUAAUGAAACAUUUUCAACAGCAUCAAAUUAUAUUUCAUGCAGAUUUUCAAUUAUUACUUAUUCGUUAUGGUAUGACAGUAUCAGAAGAUCUCAUGGAUUUAUUUAUUGUUAGUAAAUUAGCUAAAACUGAUGAAAUUAAAUCUUAUGCCAAAACAAUAUUCUGUCUUAAUAUAAUUAUAAAUAUGCUCAUUUGCUAUAUUUAUUUUUCAUAUAAAGGUGAUGUAUUAAUAGGCCAUUGGGCAUUAAUUCACUUAAAUAAAGAAGCACAACAACAAAACUAUAUACAUUUACAUCCAAUAAAUACAUUCAAUGCACUCAACGCAUUACAAUUAGAGUUCGAUUUUAAUAAUUAUGAUAUGAAAUUUUUACGUGAUUUAAAACUUUUAAGUGAUAUAUGGUAUAAAAGAUAUUUAUUAUCACAAACAAAUGAAACAGAUCGAAGAGUUUCAGAAAUAAUUGAUCACGAAUAA